AUUGGACCAGCUUAUUUUGAUAGGGAAGGGAAAUCGGUUGGGAGACGGGGUGAACAGCAGGAGGGCAGCGAGAAGAGCUCGUCAGCUUGUUGAGAGCAAUGCACAGUUCCGUAUUUGUGGCGGCGUUGGCGGCCUUAGCAGCCGUUGCUGUUAGUGCCCAAGCAGCCAAGGAGGACACUUUUGGAGAAACAGACCAGGACAGUCUCUAUGGCACUGUCAGCCGGACAGUCAGAGCCAGGGCCAGAGGUGGAGGUGCUGCGUCCGAAGCCGGGUCAACGAGAAUCGGAACGUCCAGCAGGUCCGAAACGUCGGACGCAUCCUACGGCAGAGUACACAAGAGUCCGUCUUCCAAGGCACGGGGAUUGGGACUCGCACCGCAAGAAAAGCCACGAACGAAGGAAUGGCCGGUCGGGUCACCGUUGAUGACUAUGUCCAGAAGCACCCGUCCGUUGGACGCUACUAGACGGCUCAGAAUACACGCCAGUAAACUUGCGGGAGUAGAAGAAUGCCGAUACAAGAAGGAACCCUGGAGUGAAUGUGACAAUGCCACUAAUACUCAGAAACGCAAGCUAGUCCUCAAGCGAGGUAGCGGGACCUGCGAUCCUACCAAGGAACUGACGAGAAGGUGCAAAAAGGCCUGCCGUUAUGAGAAGGGUACCUGGAAUGCAUGUGAUGCAGCAACAAACACUCGCCGGCGGACCGAUAAGCUCAAACCAAAAAGUGACCAGAGCUGUGAAGCGACUCGUACCAUAACCAAGAAGUGCAAAAACACCUCCGCUGGUUGCCGUUACAAUCGGAAUACACAGUGGUCUGAGUGUGAUACCAAGACCAACACGAGGAACAAGGUUAUGCGCCUGAUGAGCGGCAAUCCUUCCGAGUGCGAAGCUUCCAAGACCAUUACCAAGCCGUGCCGGGCCACUGGACGUGGUGGUGGACGAAAGAGUAAGCAAGGUGAGGAAGAUACAGAUGAAGAAUGAAGGCCCGUUUACAUAAAAGGAACUCUAUCAACCUGGCAGACAAGGGGCAUUCACUAGACAUCAGUCUGUUCAUCUACUAAACACUACCUGACAGAAUUCAUGGUGGCCAGCAGUUUUCCGCUUGCAUCCGACUUAAAUUAUGAGCACAUUUCUGGAGCUUCCACUGUAUUUAAGACCACAAACUGUCAUUGACUGUUGUGUUGUUCUGUACAGACGUCUCAGUUUGCUAGAAAGGUUGUUACUAGAUGUAAAAUAUACACAGAGAAGACUCUUCCCAUGUAUACUUGCAUCUGCCUUGCAACGCGUAUCCAUGUUUCAAAAUGACACUCGCAUUUCAUACUUAAUUCACUUUCACAAAUUAUUUUGGCAGGAUCUGGACUGCACAACGCAGUAAGCAGUGAAUCAUAAUUUGUCGUCGCGAUCUGCGGGAACAUUUUUAUUCCGCCAUUUCCAUUCUGAAAUACAUCAUGCAAGUUCAGCAAGGGUACGUGUAUAUUUUCCUGGCGAUUUCUGGCCUGUGAAACUGCUUUGGCCGUAAAGGAGCAUGGAAGGGCUAAAAAAAAUGUGUCAGGAGCAGUAGAAAUUAAGGUUACAAUCCCUAGGACACAUAUUCACACAAACAGUAUGAGAGAAGCAUGCAAUCCUGGUGUCUAGAGCUUUCAAUCUCGCGGGUCAGAGAAGCUGCUUCCCUCAGCUCCCAGUCUGAAACGUCAUGUCUUCUGCCCAAUAGCGAGGCACGCACCUCCUUUUUCCCUUCCUUCCCUCCCGAUUGGUAGUGUGGCUAGCAGACGAUUCUUGGCGGCCAAUAAAAAGUGCUCGGCUGACCAGACAGAGGGGAGAUCGCUGCCCGCGUUCUUGUAGGCCAAUUUUUGCAGGAAAUUCACGCUUCCCAAAGGAAAUAUUUCGCAUGACACGCCUUGAAAGUGGUUUGUUCAUAUUAUACAGUAAAAAAAAUGUUCCAAGUGCCUUCCAUGCUCCAUUAAAUUCAGUUGUACGUCACUUCAUCUGUAAGUCUAUUAUCCGCAGUCACGGGCAUCGAUUAAUACCAAAACACAAGUGCUAGUGGCACAAUUCACUCGACUUGGAUGCAUCGAGCUCUUCUAUACUCAGGAUGCACUUACGACAAUGAAAACUGGAUUUGAAGCAGUUCCAUACAAAUCACACACACUUUGGGGGAUUAUGGUGAUAUCAAACAUCAAGGAAGACACUUGGUGCAAUGCUACCCGGGGGGACAAAAAGAAGGACCGCGGAGGCUAAGUAGGUGUCCAGCAAUAUCCCAUCGCACUUUGUGUGUGGGUUUUGCAACUUCGAGGCUCAAUUGCCUUCUUGUGUAAAUGUCACAUUCUAAGUGUUACAUCCUGAGCGUCAUUGUUACCAUUCUGAUUGUCGUCACGUGCCGGUCAGUUUUUUAAUGCGCUUCUUAACAGCACGCAAGCUCCAUUGAUUACAGUCAAUCUUGAUGUCAAGUUGAAAAAAAUCAUUGUCUGGAACACACUGUGCCAACUCUGUGGUUGUCAAUAAACUUCCUUGAUAUUUUU